UGCGUAUAUGCGCAUAUGAAUGGAGAGUAAAUUUGAAUUUUUGCUGGGCACACGGCGCAGUGAAGACAAGAAAGGGGCAUUAUUUUAACACAACCUUUUCCCGUGAUCACCACCGAAAAUUACUGACGAGUCAAUCACCUCAGAUCUCUCAAGCAGUCCAGCCUACGCAACAGUACUCCACCUCUGCGCCUGUGCGGGGAGGGUAAGGCGGGGCCAGCAACUUCCUCAGCUGGAGGGAGAGCGCACGGUGGAGCAGCCAGUUGAGAAGGACUCUGAUCCGGCUCAGCUUUCCAAUCAGCUGCAGAAGGAGCCACGCUUUCUGGGUUGCAACAUGGCGGCCACCAGUGGAACUGAUGAACCGGUUUCCGGGGAGUUGGUGUCUGUGGCACAUGCGCUUUCUCUCCCAGCAGAGUCGUAUGGCAACGAUCCUGACAUUGAGAUGGCUUGGGCCAUGAGAGCAAUGCAGCAUGCUGAAGUCUAUUACAAGCUGAUUUCAUCAGUUGACCCACAGUUCCUGAAACUCACCAAAGUAGAUGACCAAAUUUACUCUGAGUUCCGGAAAAAUUUUGAGACCCUUAGGAUAGAUGUAUUGGACCCAGAAGAACUCAAGUCAGAAUCAGCCAAAGAGAAGUGGAGGCCAUUCUGCUUGAAGUUUAAUGGGAUUGUUGAAGACUUCAACUAUGGUACUUUGCUGCGACUAGAUUGUUCUCAGGGCUACACUGAGGAAAACACCAUCUUUGCCCCCAGGAUACAAUUCUUUGCCAUUGAAAUUGCUCGGAACCGGGAAGGCUAUAACAAAGCUGUUUAUAUCAGUGUUCAGGACAAAGAAGGAGAGAAAGGAGUCAACAAUGGAGGAGAAAAAAGAGCUGACAGUGGAGAAGAAGAGAACACCAAGAAUGGAGGAGAGAAAGGAGCUGAUAGUGGAGAAGAAAAAGAGGAAGGAAUCAACAGAGAAGACAAAACUGACAAAGGAGGAGAAAAAGGGAAAGAAGCUGACAAAGAAAUCAACAAAAGUGGUGAAAAAGCUAUGUAAGGUAUACAGGGAACAGCACUCUAGAAGCUAUGACUCAAUUGAGACUACAAGUACCAUGGUGCUACUUGCACAGACCCCUUUGGUUAAAUGUAAAUUCUUGUACAAUUGAAGGAUACUCAGGAGGACAUCUUUCUAGUCUAACAGUCAGGAGCUGCUCUGGUCAUUCCCUUGUAUGAACUGGUCUAAAGACUGUUAGUGGGGUGUUGGUUAAUUUUUCCUGGUAUACUGUUUCUUGGCUGACACUACUGGUCAAGUAAGAAAUUUGUAAAUAAAUUUCUUUUGGUUCUUAUUAUCUAUAUCUGUGACUGACUUUAAAAAGGUAUUUGACACUUGAAAUUUUUUUCAAAUAUGUAAUCUCAUCACCAUGUCUUAUAUAAAAUAAUUUACUCCUGUUUCUUACUGUUUCUCACUGUUUCCUGUAGUGAAGUUCUCUAAACUUGUUAAGUUAUACCCGGUGUUGGGAUUAGAAGUCCUUACAUAAGAAUUGACUCUUAAUCUCUGAGUGACUAUAACUCCCUGAUUUCUUUGCUAUAUAUGACAAAAGAUUUGAUAAAUAGCAGCAACCUGAACCUGUCAGACUAGUGAAUGCAGCCCAGUUCAUAUUAGAAGAGCAAGAGACUGGACAUGCUUCAGUAUUUGCUUUUCUUUUGGUAGCCAGAAUGUUACCUGAAAGCUAGCAAAAAGAAAAAAAAAAAAAAAAGGGAAAACCAGACAGAGUGGCUACCCCCCCUUUUUUUUUUUUUGGAGAUGGAGUCUCACUCUGACUCCCAGGCUGGAGUGUAGUGGCACAAUCUUGGCUCACUGCAACCUUGGCCUCCUGGGUUCAAGUGAUUCUCCUGCCUCAGCCUCCCAAGUAGCUGGGACUACAGGUGCGUGCCACCAUGCCCAGCUAAUUUUUUGUAUUUUUAGUAGAGACGGGGAUUCUGUGAAGAAAGUCAAUGGUAGCUUGAUGGGGAUAGCAUUAUAUCUAUAAAUUACUUUGGGCAGUAUGGCCAUUUUCACUAUAUUGAUUUUUUUCUCUCCAUGAGCAUGGAAUGUUUUUCCAUCUGUUUGUGUCCUCUCUUGUUUCCUAGAGCAGUGGUUUGUAGUUCUCCUUGAAGAGGUCCUUCACAUCCCUUGUAAGUUGUAUUUCUAGGUAUUUUAUUCUCUUUGUAGCAAUUAUGAAUGGGAGUUCACUCAUGAUUUGGCUCUGUUUGUCUAUUUUUGGUUUAUUGGUGAUUUUUGCACAUUGAUUUUAUAUCCUGAGACUUUGCUGAAGUUGCUUAUCAGCUUAAGGAGAUUUUGGGCUGAGACGAUGGGGUUUUCUAAAUAUACAAUCAUGUCAUCUGCAAACAGAGACAAUUUGACUUCCUCUCUUCCUGUUUGAAAACGUUUUAUUUCUUUCUCUUGGCUGAUUGUCCUGACCAGAACUUCCAAUACUACAUUGAAUAGGAGUGGUGAGAGAGGGCAUCCUGGUCUUGUGCCGAUUUCCAAAGGGGAUGCUUCCAGCUUUUGCCCAUUCAGUAUGAUAUUGGCUGUCGGAUUAUCAUAAAUAGCUUUUAUUAUUUUGAGAUACGUUCCAUCAAUACCUAGUUUAUUGAGAGUUUUUAGCACGAAGGGGUGUUGAAUUUUAUGGAAGGCCUUUUCUGCAUCUAAUGAGAUAAUCAUGUGUUUUUUGUCAUUGGUUCUGUUUAUGUGAUGAAUUAUGUUUAUUGAUUUGCAUAUGUUGAACCAGCCUUGCAACCACGGGAUGAAGCUGACUUGAUCGUGGCAGAUAAGCUUUUUGACGUGCUGCUGUAUUCGGUGUGCCAGUAUUUUAUUGAGGAUUUUCCCAUCGAUGUUCUUCAGGAAUAUUGGCCUAAAAUUAUCUUUUUUUUGUUGUGCCUCUGCCAGGCUUUGGUAUCAGGAUGAUGUUGGCCUCAUAAAAUGAGUUAGGGAGGAGUCCCUCUUUUUCUAUUGUUUAGAAUAGUUUCAGAAGGAAUGGUACCAGCUCUUCCUUGUACCUCUUGUAGAAUCUGGCUGUGAAUCUGUCUGGUCCUUGACUUUUUUUUGGUUGGUAGGCUAUUAAUUACUGCCUCAAUUUCAGACCUUGUUAUUGGUCUAUUCAGGGAUACGACUUCUUCCUGGUUUAGACUUGGGAGGGUGUAUGUGUUCAGGAAUUUAUCCAUUUCUUCUAAGUUUUCUAGUUUAUUUGCAUAGAGGUCUUUUUAGUAUUCUCUGAUGGUAGUUUGUAUUUCUGUGGGAUCAGUGGUGAUAUCCCCUUUAUCAUUUUUCAUUGUGUCUAUUUGAUUCUCUCUCUUCUUUAUUAGCCUGGCUAGCAGUCUAUCUAUUUUUUUGAUCUUUUCAAAAAACAGCUCCUGGAUUCAUUGAUUUUUUGAAGGGUUUUUUGUGUCUCUGUCGCCUUCAGUUCUGCUCUGAUCUUAGUUAUUUCUUGUCUUUAGUUAACUUUUGAAUUUGUUUUCUCUUGCUUCUCUAGUUCUUUUAAUUGUGAUGUUCGGGUGUCGAUUUUAGAUAUAUCCUGCUUUAUCUUGUGGGCAUUUAGUGCUAUAAAUUUCCCUCUAAAUACUGUUUUGGCUGUGUCCCAGAGAUUCUGGUAUGUUUUGUCUUUUUUCUCAUUGGUUUCAUAGAACAUCUUUAUUCCUGCCUUCUUUUCAUUAUUUUCCCAGUAGGCAUUCAAUAGCAGGUUGUUCAGUUUCCAUGUAGUUGUGCAGUUUUGAGUGAGUUUCUUAAUCCUACCUUCUAAUUUGAUUGCACUGUGGUCUGAGAGACGGUUUGUUAUGAUUUCCGUUCUUUUGCAUUUGUUGAGGAGUUUUUACUUCCAAUUAUGUGGUCAAUUUUAGAAUAAGUGUGAUGUGGUUCUGAGAAGAAUAUAUAUUCUGUUGAUUUGUGGUGGAGAGUUCUGUAGAUGUCUACUAGGUCUGCUUGUUCCAGAGCUGCGUUCAAGUCGUGAAUAUCCUUGCUAAUUUUCUGUCUCAUUUAUCUUUCUAAUAUUGACAGUGGGGUGUUAGUCUACCACUAUUAUUGUGUGGGAGUCUAAGUCUCUUUGUAGGUCUCUAUGAAUUUGCUUCAUGAAUCUGGGUGCUCCUUUUUGGGUGCAUAUCUGUUUAGGAUAGCUAGUUCUUUUUGUUGCAUUGAUCCCUUUACCAUUAUGUAAUACCCUUCUUUGUCUCUUUCGGUCUUUGUUGGUUUAAAGUCUGUUUUAUCAGAGACUAGGAUUGGAACCCCUGCUUUCUUCUGCUUUCCAUUUGCUUGGUAAAUAUUUCUCCAUCCCUUUAUUUUGAGCCUAUUUGUGUCCUUGCACGUGAGAUGGGUCUCCUGAAUACAGUACACUGAUGGGUCUUGACUCUAUCCAAUUUGCCAGUCUUUGUCUUUUAAUUGGGGCAUUUAGCCCAUUUACAUUUAAGGUUCAUGUUUUUAAUGUGUGAAUUUGAUUCUGUCAUUAUGAUAUUAGCUGGUUAUUUUGCCUGUUAGUUGAUGCAGUUUCUUCAUAGUGUUGAUGGUCUUUACAAUUUGGUAUGUUUUUGCAGUGACUAGUACCGGUUGAUCCUUUCCGUGUUUAGUGCUUCCUUCAGGAGCUCUUGUAAGGCAGGUCUGGUGGUGACAAAAUCUCUCAGCAUUUGCUUGACUGUAGAGGAUUUCAUUUCUUCUUUGCUUAUGAAGCUUAGUUUGGCUGGAUAUGAAAUUCUGGGUUGAAAAUUCUUUUAAGAAUGUUGAAUAUUACCCUCCACUCUCUUCUGGCUUGUAGUGUUUCUGCAGAGAGAUCCGGUGUUAAUCUGAUGGGUUUCCCUUCAUGGGUAACCCGACCUUUCUCUCUGGCUGCCCUUCACAUUUUUUCCUUCAUUUCAACCUUGGUGAACCUGACGAUUAUGUGUCUUGGAGUUGCUCUUCUCGAGAAGUAUCUUAGUGGUGUUCUCUGUAUUUCCUGAAUUUGAUUGUUGGCCUCUCUUGCUAUUUUGGGAAAGUUCUUCUGGAUAAUAUCCUGAAGAAUGUUUUCCAACUUGGUGCCAUUUUCCCCGUCACUUUCAGGUACACCAAUCAAUCAUAGGUUUGGUCUUUUCACAUAAUCCCUUAUUUCUUGGAGGCUUUGUUUACUUCUUUUCAUUCUUUUUUCUCUCAUCUUGUCUUCACACUUUAUUUCAUUAAAUUGAUCUUCAUUCUCUGAUAGCCUUUCUUAUGCUUGAUCGAUUUGACUAUUGAUCCUUGUGUAUGCUUCACGAAGUUCUCAUGCUGUGUUUUUUAGCUCCAUCAAGUCAUUUAUGUUCUUCCCUAAACUGGUUAUUCUAGUUAGCCAUUCUUCUAACCUUUUUUCAAGAUUCUUAGCUUCCUUGAACUGGGUUAGAACAUGCUUCUUUAGCUCAGAGGAGUUUCUUAUUACCCACCCUCUGAAGCGUACUUCUGUCAGUUUGUCAAACUCAUUCUCCACCUAGUUUUGUUCCCUUGGUGGCGAGGAGUUGUGGUCCUUUGAAGGAGAAGAGGCAUUCUGGUUUUUGGAAUUUUCAGCCUUUUUGUGCUGUUUUUUCUCCUCUUCGUGCAUUUAUCUACCUUUGCUCUUUGAUGUUGGUGAGCUUUGGAUGAGGUUUCUGUCUAGACGUCCUUUUUGUUGAUGUUGAUGCUAUCCCUUUCUGUUUUUUAGUUUUCCUUCUAACAGUCAGCCCCCUCUCCUGCAGGUCUACUGUAGUUUGCUGGAAGUCCACUCCAGACUCUAUCUGCCUGGGUAUCACCAGCAGAGGCUGCAGAACAGCAUAGAUUGCUGCCUCUUCCUUCUUCUAGAAGCUUCAUCCCAGAGGGCCCCCCCCAGAUGCCAGCCGGAGCUCUCCUAUAUGAAGUGUCCGUCGACCCCUGCUGGGAGGUGUCUCCCAGUCAGGACACACAGGGGUCAGGGACCCCUUGAGGCAGUCUGUUUCUUAGCAGAGCCCGAGUGCUGUGCUGGGAGAUCCACUGCUCUCCAGAGCUGGCAGGCAGGAACGUUUAAGCCUGUUGAAGCUGCACCCACAGUCGCCCCUUCCCCCAGGUGCUCUGUCCCAGGGAGAUGGGAGUUUUAUCUAUAAGCCCCUGACUGGGGCUACUGCCUUUCUCUCAGAGAUGCCCUGCCCCGAGAGGAGGAAUCUAGAGAGGCAGUCUGGUUACAGUGGCUUUGCUCAGCUUCGGUGGGAUCCACCCAGUUCAAACUUCUGGGAGGCUUUGUUUACACUGUGAGGGGAAAACCACCUACUGAAGCCUCAGUAAUGGCAGACGCCCCUCCCCCCACCAAGCUUGAGAGUCCCAAGUGGACUUCAGACUGCUGUGCUGGUUGCAAGAAAUCAAGCCAGUGGAUCUUAGCUUUCUGGGCUCCGUCGGGGUGGGCUCUGCUGAGCUAGACCACUUGGCUCCCUGGCUUCAGCCUCCUUUCCAGGGGAGUGAACGGUUUUGUCUCACUGGCGUUCCAGGUGCCACUGGGGUUUGAAAAAAUAUUCCUGCAGCUAGCUUGGUGUCUGCCCAAAAGGUAUUCCAGUUUUGUGCUUGAAACCAGGUCCCUGGUAGCAUAGGCACCAUAGGGACUCUCCUGGUCUGCAGGUUGCGAAGACCAUGUGAAAAGCAUAGUAUCUUGGCCUGAGUGUCCUCAGGGCACAGUCCCUCGUGGCUUCCCUUGGCUAGGGGAGGGAGUUCCCCAUCUCUUUCCCUUCCCAGGUGAGGCAACGCCCCACCUUGCUUCAGUUUGCCCACCGUGGGCUGCACCCACUUUCUAACCAGUCCCAAUGAGAUGAGCCGGGUACCUCAGUUGGAAAUGCAGAAAUCACCUGCCUUCUGUGUUGAUCUCGCUUAGAGCUGCAGACCGGAGCUGUUCUUAUUUGGCCAUCUUGCCAGCCACUGUCUAAUGGCUUUUCAGAGUACCUGCUUCAGUUAUCUCCACGUGUAUAUAAAAGUUUAUUCAUUACCUCAUAGACACACUGAGCUUGACUGCUGGAACUGGUUAGAAGAAACCACAAUGUUUAUAGUACAUACAGUAAAUACAAGGCUAACCAUAGCAUGAUGAUGCAAGAAAGGAUUUACCAAAGCAGAGAAGGGGAAAAUGAGGCUUUUUUUAUUCCAGUGGGCACAGGGAAAAAAUAAAAUUAAAACUAAUUGACAAGUUAUGCCCUAGGCGAGAGCUGAACUGUAGAUGCAUACAUCUAGCAGCAACAAUUGUGCACAAAGCAAAUAGGUUUCUCCAUGAAUUGUCUUUGGCAAAUUCUUAGAAAUAUUUAAAACAUUUGUUACAGUCUUCGUUUUAUAAAAAUGUCUUUUUUAAAAGGAGUAAGAGAAUGUUAAAUACUUCAUACUAGACAGACUUUGUUAUUAAGAACUUUUACUGUAUUAACUUUUUCUAGUUCAUAUCUUAUUAAAUAUUAACAAAAGUGCAUUCAUAUACAUUGCCUCAGGCUGAGGAAGAAUAAAGAUUAUUGGCCACAUACAAUUGUGCCCCUGAUGGCCUUUUCCAGGUAGCUCACCAGUAAGAAAAUGUGCUUAAUGACUUCUCUCUGAUUGGUUUUAGAGAAUAAGAAACAUGCAGUUGAAAGUCAGAGUACUUUAAAGCAAGAGGCAUCUGUCCAAAGACUGGUUGAUGAAAUCUGGGGAAAGGGAGGGAAAUACAAAGAAUACUGUGGCUGCCCUAUAAGGGAACAGGAAUUCAAGGCAGUAUCCAAAGUUAGAGGUAAAGGAGCGGGCAGAAUGGUGCUCUGGUGCGGUAAGCAAUUCUUAAGAUGGACUUAAGGUAACCACCACUUGGCAUACAUGUCCUUUAUAAUUCCCAUCUGUUUCAGUGUGGGCAUGACUUGUGAAUAUGAAGAAAUUUUAUUCCUGUGAUUAAGUUACUGAUCAUUUUAUUGUGAGUUAAUCAAAGGGGAGAUUAUCCUGAGUGGAUCUUGCCUAAUCAAGUGAGCUCUUAGACAAGUGGCCACAGCAGAUGUUCUCAUGUUGGCCUUGAGGAAGCAAACAGCCAUGUUGUGAGAGGAGGGUACUUUGUAGUAAGGACAUGAGAGUGGCUUUCUAGGACCUGAGAUUGUUCCCUGUCCGACAGCAAGAAAACAGGAUUUCACUCUUAAGUUGCAAGUAAUUGAAUUCUGCCAACAACCAGUGAGCUUGUAGAAGACCUCAAGCCUCAGAUGAGAUUGAUACCAUGACUUCAGCCCUGUGAGAUCCUGAACAGAGGACUCAGUUAAACUGUAUCUGGACUCCUGACCCAUAGGACUGUGAGAUAAUAAACGGGUGUUGUCUUAAGCCACUAAUUACAUGUCAAUUUGUUACAGAGCAAUAGAAAACGACCACAGACUUUGGUACUUGGAGUGGAGUGCCACUGUAACAAAUGACUAAAAUGUGAAAGGGGGCUUUGAAAUCAGGUACUGAAUUGAGGCUGGAAGAAUUUUGAAGAGCAUGAUAGAGAAAGCCCAAAUUGCCUUAAACAGACUUUCAGUAGAAAUAAGGACUUUAAGGAUGCUGCUGGUGAGGGCUCAGAAGGAAGUAAGGAACAGAUUAUUGGAAAGUAGAGGAAGGGGGACUGUAGCGUUGUAGUUAGCAGGAAAUUUGAGAUUUGAGCCCUUGUUCUGAAUUAUUUGAAAGAUGUUAUUCAGACUUACCACAGUGUGCAAACAACUAUUUAUUCGGAAUGUGGUAGCAUUCCAAUAAGACAUCUUUUGGAGGCAGGAAAAAGGUAUAGACUAAUUUUUUACACUUGCAGAAGGGAAAACUGCAGCCAUAUUUAAGUUUUAAGUCACAAAAUUUUUGGUAAUUUGUUACAUCAAUAAUAGGAAAUUAAUAAAGAAGACAUGCUGAGCACUACCCCAAAAGUAGAGACAUUCACUGCACUGUCAUUGUUUAUUUUGAAACUGUAAACACAGGGAUAUGUUGUACCAGAGGACUGAAGACAUAACCUGCAUACAAAGUGAGCUUGAAUGAUUGUAAACCAUUUUUAAUUUACUCUCCACAGGAACUCUAUAGCUGAGUUUGUGUGUGUUGGGUCGUAUUGGUAUAACUGGAAGUUCUCUAAAUUUACCUUUAUGGACAAUAGGAUUCUUAUUAAAGAGAAUGUGCUAAUUUGAAGCUGAUGUAUACAUAUUAAUAAAAUUCAACAGUAACUUCAUCGAUUGUAUAGAACUUGGACCAAGAAAAUAUUUUUCUGGGGAAAAGUAUUUUAUCAUUAACAUUGUUUAAAAUUGCCAGAGCAUGAUGAAAAUUUAAGCAGACAAAGUUGGUUUUUCUGUUUUUAAAUUUUCUACAGAGAAUACACCUUUUUUAUAGCCUGCA